AAACUCAACACUGUCACUCAGACACACCCACUUUUCUUUUACUCCCUUCAGUAAUAACACAAUGACUUCCUUGUAGUACGACUGCACAGCCUCAUUCGUGUCGACUGGCCAGAGUCCACGAAUACACAGCUCAUCUGACUUCCACAAAAGGUCAGCCGCAUUCCAAAAGCUUCUCCCAUCUUUGUUCAGACAUGUCACGCUACAGUUUUGGUCUGGAGCCACUUUCUUGCCACACCUGGAAUAAAAACAAGACACAAAUUGCAGUAAGCCCCAACAACAAUGUGGUGAACAUUUAUGAAAAGAAAGGUGCAGACUGGAUCAAGAUCCACGAACUUAAUGAGCACAGUGGACGUAUCACAGGCAUUGACUGGGCCCCUGAGUCCAAUCGCAUCGUCACUUGCGCUUCUGACCGCAACGCCUACGUGUGGUCUCUAAAAGAUGGCUCGUGGAAGCCCACUCUGGUUCUCGUACGGAUCAACCGUGCAGCCACCUGCGUCAAGUGGUCACCUCUGGAGAACAAGUUUGCCUUGGGCAGUGGAGCUCGACUCAUCUCUGUCUGCUACUUUGAGAAGGAAAAUGAUUGGUGGCUGAGUAAGCACAUCAAAAAGCCCAUUCGCUCCACCAUUCUGAGCCUGGAUUGGCAUCCCAAUAACAUUCUUCUGGCAGCUGGAUCUGCAGACUUCCACUGCAGGAUUUUCUCAGCCUACAUAAAGGACAUUGAGGAUAAACCUGGACCCACCGCUUGGGGAGCCAAAAUGCCUUUUGGGGAGUUGAUGUUUGAGAAUAAGGACUGUGGAGGCUGGGUGCACAGUGUUUCCUUCUCACCUAGUGGAGACCAGUUGGCUUGGGUGUCCCACAACAGCAGCAUCAGUGUGGCUGACGCUGCCCGUGGAAAAGAGACAACACAGAUGAGCAUUGACAGUCUUCCACUGCUGAGCAUCCUAUAUGUCACCCCCACUGAGAUUGUUGCUGCGGGGCAUGACUGUUGUCCCUACCAGUACACCUAUAAGGGUCCAGGCUCUCUGGGAUUUGUAAAGAAGCUGGACAUUCCCAAGCAAUCUUCCAGAGGUGGCAUUUCAGCCAUGCAGCACUUUCAGAACCUGGAUAAGAGGGCCACCAAUGAGGACAGAAACGAUUUGGGCACCCUUCACCAGAACAGCAUCACGCAGUUGUGUGUUGUUAAGAGAACAACUAAUGUGGAGAAGUACAGCAGUGUGGGACUCGAUGGAGCCAUGGUUAUGUGGGAUUUUAAGCAAUGAUCCAAAGCUGCUGGUCAUCGGCCUGGUUUCACCAAUCAAGACUUCUCUACUGAUGACUACUGUGCCUACAAAUAACUACAAUAGAAGUCAAAUACUGUACUUGAUUGUGAUUAUUGGAAAAAACUGUCAGUGUCCACCGUAUCAUUAUAAUUUGUCAAUAAAAUGCUUUUAAAAUAAGUGGA